GUGGAUCCUUCAGGUCAAUGUUGCAUGUGCUCCAUCAUUGGAGCUCGGCCCAUGCCAAAGAUCAUAUAGCAUGAAGACAUGGGGAAAAAAUGACGCGGCCUCAUUGUCUUUAAAUUCCGAUGGGAAUACUAUUGUCUGCGUAUUGCCCGCGGAGGGUGUGCCCAAGAGCGAUAUUGUUUUUUUAAUGAACCCUUUUAUGACUGUAAGUCUCCCUCCGCAAUCCCCUUCCAAUCAGCAUUAAAACAAAUGUGUGGGCGUGUUUCUGAGUUGGCUGUCUCAGUUCAUGCGCUGUCUCUGUCCAUGCUUUCAAGAUCAAGAUGGCAGCCUCCUUGUGUCGGUGUUAUGAGCUGGUAGGAAGACGUCUUGUCCUCUUGCCACCUCGGGCUCUAGUGUCCUCAUUCCACAGAGGAGAUGCCUACAGGAUAAAUGGGUCUCCAACUGUCCCGGUGCAGGUACGAUAUGCAUCAGAACAGCCUAGGCGGAAAGGUUUCUUCGGCGAAUUUGUGGAGAACCUGAGGCAGGAGUUUGGGAAGGACAGUGAGAUGAAGGAGAACAUCAAAAAGUUCAGAGAGGAGGCCAAGAGGCUGGAGGAGUCUGAUGCACUGCAACAGGCCCGGAGGAAAUUUAAAACAAUUGAGUCGGAGACGGUAAAGACUUCUCAAGUGUUUAAGAAGACCCUGGGGACUCUGUCAGAGACUGUGAAGGAAAGCCUUGAGGAGGUGACCCGUUCAGACCUGGGGAAGAAGAUCAAGGAGGGGGUGGAGGAGGCGGCCAAGACGGCCAGGCAUUCAGCUGAGUCUGUCUCAAAGGGAGGAGAGAAGUUAGGCGCGACCAGUGCCUUCAGGGCUAUCUCACAGGGCAUGGAGUCAGUGAAGAGGGAGAUCGAUGUGGGGGAUGAUGGCACGUACAAGGCCCCUACCCGACUGAGGAAGAGGACCGAAUUCUCAUCCAAAGGAGGGGAGAACGACAACCGCGUGUUUGAGGCCAAUGAAGAGGACAUGGGUGUGGUUCUGCAUAAGGAUGCUAAGUGGUAUGGACAGUGGAAGGACUUUAAGGACAACAAUAUGGUUUUCAACAGGUUCUUUGAGAUGAAAAUGAAAUAUGAUGAGAGUGACAACGCCCUUAUCAGAGCAUCUCGGGCCGUGACCGACCGAGUCACCGAUCUACUGGGCGGACUCUUCUCUAAGACUGAGAUGUCUGAGGUCCUGACGGAGAUCUUGAAAGCAGACCCAAGCUUCGACAAGGAAGCCUUCCUCAAGCAGUGUGAAAAGGACAUUAUCCCCAACAUUUUGGAGGCUAUGAUCCGUGGGGAACUGGAAGUGCUGAAGGACUGGUGUUAUGAAGCUACAUACAGUCAGCUGGCUCACCCCAUCCAGCAAGCCAGGUCCCUAGGGCUCAUGUUCCAGUCCAAGGUCCUAGAUAUAGACAACAUAGAUUUGGCAAUGGGGAAGAUCAUGGAUCAGGGCCCUGUGCUGAUCAUCACGUUCCAGGCGCAGGUUGUCAUGGUGAUUCGCAGUCCCAAGGGAGACCUUGUGGAAGGAGAUCCUGAGAAAGUGUUAAGGAUGAUGUACGUUUGGGCCCUGUGUCGGGACCAGGAGGAGCUCAACCCGGAUGCUGCCUGGAGACUCCUGGACAUCUCCGCCUCCAGCACCGAGCAGGCUCUUUGAGGAAGAUGGGAUGGAGCGGAGACGAAGGAACUCUCCCAGGACGGACACAUCCAGAUGGACGGACACAAACACUCAUCACUAUUCAGUGGCACAUUUUGUCAGUUCUUUCCUCAGGGUGUGGAUUGGAUUACUGACUGGUGUCAGUGGUUCUGUACAAAGCCUUGAAGCAAUAGUGCAGUUUGUUUUCACAGAGUGACAAAAAAACUAAGCGACCUGUGUUGUGACCUGUGUCCCUUCUGUUAUGUGCCGGUUGUCUGUUUUAGAGCUGAGGUAUCCUUGGCAUAGUAAUUUAUGCCUUUUACAUAAAAGGCAGAAAACCUAAAUAAGAUGUAUCUAUGUUUGAAGAUCCAUUCUGCGUCUUUGUGAAGUAGAAACCCAACCUAUUAAUUUCAUUUCAGACUUACUGCAAGAUAUGUCAAACACCGCUUCUUGAGAAGCUAGAGUGGGACCACGGUCAGGGUUGUCCUAAGACAAUCGUCUUCAGCUGACCCCCGUUGCCAUUUCACCUUUUGCACUUAUGUUCUCAAUACUUCCAGAGUUCCAUAUAUUGUACUGUACGAGAGAUUGCUUUUGGUUGUUUUAGAUAUUUUCUUUUGUGUUAAAAGGUGUUUUAAGUAAGGCAACUGAAAUACUGGUUACUGAAAUUGUAAUUUUAGUUAUCAGUAAUAUAAGUAUUUCAGUUAUAGAGUGAUUGGUGAACUGAUUAAUACAUUGGUGGAACAAGGCCCAUUCCUGAUGUGAAGUGCUGGUGCUGUGGUGAAAUGUUAAACCGUGUGUCAAAGGGCAUAAUCCUAUUUCAGAUCGCUACUGCUGUAUAAACUGUAAAUAUGAAGCUCUGAGGCUGUUCUACAAAACGAGUAAUGUCGUUUAAAAAAAAAAAAAUGUGGUUAAACAUUGUGACCGAUAGAUAAAUUAUAUAUGCUAUGAACUUCUGUCCCUAAUUGAACUUAUAUGGACCAUGAAUGUGCUGACAGAAGGUCAGUUUCUAACAUAAAAUAGAUGAUCUUUCUAACCAUAGCAUAACCAGCUUGGCGGAGUUGGCUCAGCCAUGUAUGAGGGAUGGAGAGACACGGUUGCCUUACCUCCAAGCACAUAGAUUCCUCCAUAAAAUUCCUGGUUCAGGGAAGUUUGAUAAGCUCGGCUUGAUUGGGAUGUUCAUGGGAAUGCGUGUCCUGACAGAUUCUCCUGGCGCUCUGGGGGGGGGGCGGGCGGGUGAUCGGUCCGUGGAACAAUAGUUGGGAUAAAUCAUUGAGGGCUGCUGGGUAUUAACAAAAGUGAUCAAGUUUUGUAAUGGAUAAACUCGUUUUAUCUAAGAGUGUCAAAUCCCCAUGUUCACUAUGGGCUGAAUCUGAAAUUGAACUGUUCAUGUUCAACUCUGGCUCAAUGAAACAUUACACUCACUAGCCAGUUUUAGUUACAUGACCUUGUUCAACAAAAUGGGUCGAUCCUACAGACAGUGAGUCAUAUGGUUGCAAUGAAGCAGGGGGACAGGCUUGUAGUGUGUCCACUGAGUGCGUGGACGGGAGCUUGGCUUUGGAUGUACCUUCACACACAGAUCCGAUGUACUCUGUUUAGUCUAUUCCAGAAGUGUUACAGAUUGCACAUUGUUGUUUUUUUUUCUAAACGAGUUGACAUUGAGUGUUUUUUGUAAACGCCGUCUUUUACGGAACUGAACGUUCACAGUGCUGAUGGAAUUAGAGUGUUAGGAUUCAACCUUGAGACUCACUGCUGUUCACUUCCAAUUCAUUUUGAGUUGACCAAAGCCAAUGUUAAUGUAUUAUAUAUUUUUUUGUCUCUUAUUCUGUUUAGUUUAUUAAACAAUUUUGUUUAAUGCCAAAUAUUUUUACUUCUGUCAUGAGUAAAGAAGGCUGUACGAUUCUGAAGGUCCGGGUUUUCUAUUGGCCUAUCAUCACUGAUUGUAUAGUCUUCUGUGGCAUGACAAUGUUCCGGAAAUCCUACACACAGUUGUUUUUCUGAAAGACUGACAUGCUGCGGUAGAUGUCUAUGAAUUUGGUAUUUGAGGCUGAUAAAUAAAGCUGUGGAUUUGGCAGUAGAGACUGAA